GAAAAUUUAAUGGUUGACAUCACUGUUCCCUCCAAGCAGAAAUGUCAAAAUGGCGUCAACGCAGGACGCUUGGUAUAUUUCUUUACUUGGUUUAGCAGAACAUUUCCGUACAUCAAAUCCUCCUGACAUAAAAAGUUGUAUUCAGUGCCUACAAGCCGUGUUUAAUUUCAAACCACCACAAAGGGUCGAGGCCCGAACUCAUUUACAACUCGGAAAUAUUCUUUUGACACACACCAAAAACAUCGACUUGGCGAGGACGCAUUUAGAGCAGAGUUGGUGCCUAUCUCAGACCAUCAAUGGCUUUGAUGAUGUGAAGUUCGAAGCUGCGAGCGUGUUAGCCGAACUAUUUGAGCAACAAGGCCAGCCGACACACUCCAAACCUAUUCUAAGGAAAGCUAUAGAGCUGUCACAGCACAGUGUUUACUGGCACUGUAGACUAAUAUUCCAAUUAGCGCAAAUUCAUGCAACAGAACGUGAAUAUGAAGUUGCAAGUAGUUUGCUCGGAGUGGGAGUUGACUAUGCACAAAUAUCAAAUGCAGCUUAUACACGAGUACUAUUCUUGCUCAGUAGGGUAAUGCUAUUAUUAAUAGACAAAAAGAUUCAGGAAGUAUUGCCACUGUUAAAUCAGGCUAUGCACCUUGUGGACACAUGGGCAGGGAGUCCCCACCAGAAAGAAUACCUCAAGGUAUUCUUCUUAGUGCUACAGGUAUGCCAUUACCUUAUGGCUGGUCAGGUGAAGAGUGUUAAGCCUUGCCUGAAGCAGUUACAGCAAAGCAUUCAGACCAUCAUGGCGCCUACGUGGCCCGAUGACGACGCUGUGUGCGGGACCGCAUCCGGGGAGUCGUUCGUAUGGCUGUCCCGGCAGCAACUGUACGUGCUCGUCUACUUGGUGACCGUAAUGCACUCUGCGCAGGCCGGUUACAUGGACAAGGCGCAUAAGUACACAGAAAAGGCGCUUGCGCAGAUUGACAAACUUACAUCGAGCGCGUGCGCGGAGGGCGGCGGGCGCGCGGCGGCAGAGGGCGCGCGCGCGCUGCGCGGCGGCGCGGCGCUGGCGUGGCGGCUGCGCAUGGCGCUGGUGGAGCACGCGGCGCUGUGCCGCCUGGUGGCGGGCGGCAAGGCGCACGCGCUGCACGAGAUCGCGCGCGCCGCGCACCUGCUCACCGUCGCGCCCUCGCAGUGCGUAGCAGCCGCCCACACCCCACAACUGCAUUGUUUGUUGGGGCUAUAUGCUAUGUCCAUGAACUGCAUGGAAGCUGCCGAGGCGCAAUUCCACACAGCUAUUAAUAUGUCACAAGAAAGAGACUUAUGGAUGUUCGCGAAAUUAAACCUUGCUAUUGUUUAUUUACGGGGACGACGAGACAAUGAAUUGACACAAAUUAUGGAACAGGUGAGGCCAGAAGCGUUGCCGACAUACGCGCACGGCUUGCGUGCCGCUUCGUACUACGUACUCGGGCUGCAGGCAUUCUUCCAGGCGCGGUAUAAUGAAGCCAAACGGUAUCUACGGGAGACCUUAAAGAUGGCUAACGCGGAGGAUUUAAAUCGUCUGACGUCGUGUUCGCUGGUGUUGCUGGGGCAUAUCUUCCUCUCCAUAAACAACUCACGGGAGAGUAUGAACAUGGUUACGCCCGCCAUGCAGCUCGCCAGCAAAAUACCCGACGUACAUGUGCAGUUGUGGGCUUCCGCUAUACUUAAAGACCUCUACAGGCUGGCGGGCGACACGGAGCGCGAGAACGAGGCAUAUCAAAUGCAUUGCAACUUUUCGCAAGCACUGCUAAAGGACCACUUCCAAGCCACACAGCUGCCGCAGCACGCGCUUGUGAACUGGACUAGUGGCGCUCCCCCGGUGCUGCCCGCGCCCGCCGCCACGCCCGCCCUGCAGCCGGCCCCAGCCGCGCCAGGUGCCCCUCCCGCUAAUACCUAGUGCGGCCCUGUACUCACCGCCUCCACAGAACGGGCCUCGAUAUAUAGAGCUACUAUCACGUUAGCGGAUGUCCUGUCGCGGAACUCUUUCGGUGUCGAUUGUUUUGAACGUGUACAGUUGACACAGACCGUUCGUUGAAUGUAGUAUGUAUGCAGACGAUGUUGAUCAGACGUCAACGGAAGAUCGACGCGAGGGACGGAACAAACGCCAGGAGCGGCUCGUAACGAUACUAUAAAAUAACCACUGUGAUGUAUCAGACGGUGUGUAGCAUCCGUGCUGUGUACAUAUAUAACCGUUGUGAUAAUGUACAUUUGUAAAGAAUCAGUUUAAUGAAGUUGUAUAUGCUACCGGUACUAGUGAAAAUAGACUAUGAUCGAUCUCCCACUAUGGAGCGUCUCGGCUGCUAUUCAGCAGUUCUACGAUUCGGAAGCCUAUGAAAGACGGUGUGCAAAAUAUGAAUUGUGCAUUGGUAUUUAAAGUUGUUCAAUUGAAUACUUAUCACUGGUGCAAAAGUACAAAGCAAUGCUUAGAAAUAUUGGCCUAAUGAAUAGACAUUACCAGACAAGUGAUAUUCCACGCCAGUGACUUAACAGUUAGUGAUAGUGUGGAUGUUGAGGACUGUGUGUCUCAUGAUCUGAUGCGAGAUGUAGAGAAUGCGAGUGUGUUUAUACGAUUGUAAUAUAACGACGCCUUUGACUUGGAAAUAAUAUUUCGGGCUGUGUUAAAUUUAUAACUACUAGAAAUUAUUUUUAACUACCGGGAUUUCAUGACUUCUGACAAGUGACAGCAAAUGUUUUUAUUGUAUUAUUUCAUUUAUUUCCUAUAUCUUUUAAUAAAAGGUGAAAUAUUACCAAGUAUGUAAUAUUCGUUUCUUAAGCGUUUUUAUUAAAUGCUCAGAAACAAGCAUUACACUAGUGAACAUGCUCAUGUAAUGUGACAUUUUUUGUUGAAUGAGCAUCACUGUGGACAGUAUUUACGCAUUAUUUCACUAAUAUAAUAAAUGUUUUAUUUGUUACACAAUCAUGUGUAAAAAGCUAAACUGAAUAGGAUAAGGUUUAAUGUAAAACUGAUAUAGAGAAUUUCAAUGUGAUUUAUAACUGAAAUAAAAUAGUUUAGAAGGUUUUUUUAUUGAUAUUAAAAAAAUUUAAAUUAAGGGUGCAUAUUCACCAAAAGUGUUCACAUAUGUAUUCAGAAAAGAGCAUUAGUGAAUAAACAUGCUUAUUUAAUGACAUAUUUUGUAUGUUACAUGACCAUUUUAUCAGAUAAAUGCACUGUAUGUAAUCUCUAGUUAUUGUUGUAAAGUUAACACAGCCUUAUUGUUUCCGCUCGUGUAAACAUGAUUCACACAGAAAUUGCAAAAUUUCUCUUCCAUUACCCUUUAGUUGGUUUAAAUUUGAUUUCAUUAUUAUAAUAUUUAUGACAAUAAAAAUCAUAUCGGAUUGUGUCUUGACGUGCGACACCUUGAUUUGUGCUUUUGUGGUUGUAUAUUUAAAAUUGAUUUAACAUUAAAAUACUCAAUGCUGAUCGGAUUGGUUGAUUGGAUGUAUGACGCGGUGAAUUAUUUUGCGUCAAGUAUUUAAUUUAAUGCACACAUUACAUAUGUAUAGAAAAUAUGUGAUAAAAUUUCUCAUGAACUUUAAUUGUUACUGUAUGAAGGGCUUUCUGAAGAAGAUUUUAAGAGAUUAUGCAAACUGAACCAAUGUAAUAUAAUCAAGGUCAAUAAUAAUGUCUUACAAUGUCUUCUAACCAUAAAGGUAAAAAGUUUAAAAAUAAAUUUUUAGGACAAUUUCUAUAUUGGAUCUUAAAUAUAGUAAAUCAUUAUUAUAAUUUCCAAUUUUGUUAUAAUAAAAGAUGGAAUUCGUAUGGGAUAGAUAUAACAAGGAAGUAAACAGAAGGCCCUACAUUUGUUAACUGUUUCCGUUUCCUUUAUCCUGCAUCUCGCUAGAUGCAGAAUUAACGAAAACAUCAUCACAAAUAUACACACAAAAAAUACUUUAUGAAGUAUGUUACAAACUUGUUUAUGGUUUAUCUCCAUCUAUUUCUGCUCACGGCCGAGCGAGAGCAUUCCACAAUAGAUUGCUGUGUGGCCAUUUUGAUGAGCUCAGUCCAAUAUAUGCAAGCCCGCUAAAUGCUAAUUUUUCAUAAACAAUUGUACAUAAUCAACUCACCCGCCCAAUAUAGUUAACUCACCGGGUUGUUUAGAAAAGCUUGAAUGACUUACGAAAACGUUUUUUAGCUAAUUGAAGUUAUUGACUUUUCUCAAUAACGUAUCAUUGGUAAUCAAAUUUAUCGAGUCUUUAAUUACACAUCUAUAAGUAUUCAGUUUAGCUUUUUACACAUGAUUGUGUAAUAAAUAAAACAUUUAUUAUAUUAGUAAAAUAAUGGGUAAAUAAAAUAAACUUAUUGUAAAAAUUGUACAAUACAAUAAAUUGUAAUAUUUGUAAUAGUAAUAAAAUAGCGUGCGAACAGUAGGCAACAAUACUCUUUUAAGUGGAAAGAGACCUCUCCUUUAUAGUAGAGUGAAUAACACAUAGCAAUAUAUAUAUGUAUAUAUUGUAGUUACAAUAUUUAGCCUAAUAACUGAUAUAUUAAAUAUUAGUUAACCAAUAUUUAAAUAAAGAAUCCGAUCGAAAUGAAUAUAGAUAUCCGACCGGUAUGGGCGAUAUCGAAAUGUGUGAUGAUCUCUGAACCCGAUAUAUAGAUGUCGGGGCGGUACCGAUAUCACCCACGCCUACUUUACAGUUUCAUCAAUUAAAAAAUAAGAUAUUGGGAACAAUCGUACGAUGACAAGAUUUAAAGAGAUUACGAACUUAAUAGUCUUAUGUAUGUUUUUGCUUCGUUGUCUCAACUUUGUACUGUAGCGAACAAGAUAUAAAAUAACACAUAAAUUAACCGAGCAGCUGAUUCCGUUUUUCUAAUAUUACAUAAUGAUUCAAAUUCAAUCACAGAAACAACAAAUCGUAAAGGUUUCAAUGGUGUCUUUGUGGUGUUUGAUUCCAUUUAUAAUUAUUGCAAUACGCCUUGACUAUCUAUCGAUUUGAAACAUCACUAUAUAUAUUAAGAAAUAUUGUAAAAUUUUACUACCGUUCAAAAUAGUGCUCUUAUUUCAAAGUCUUUAAGGUAAAUUUUGUUUGAUAAUCCAAGUAUAUAUUUCAUGAUGAGUUGUAUGUAUACUAGUGGCACACAUUCUAAUGAUCUCAAAUAGAGAUUAAGAUUGAACUAAUAAAUUAUCAAUGAAACAUGUAAUGUUUCACUGAUAACCAGACACAGCGGUAUCGUGUACGCCUCUGAGAAAGUCCUUCAGGCAGUAACCGAAAAUGAGACUUCCUUAUUGUGUAACUCACUGAGACAUUACCUUUUUGCAUCACUAUACCACACCUAUCCAUUAUGUUGACCGUUGUUUUUUUUUUCUUACUAUUUUCACUAUUUAUUUCUUUCAUAGAGCAGAAGUUAUGUCCAUUUUAAACGAAUUACAGAUAGUUCAAGUCCUCUAAUUUUUGCGGCUAUGGUACGUGAUUACGUUCCCAGUUCUGAACGGAUUUUUAUUCACAGUUCAUAUAAGAAUCGAUACGGUAUAUUCCCAUAUUAUUCCUUAUGAAUUUUGUCUCAGUAGAUAUGUUUUUUAAGGUAAUUGUCAAUCAACUUGAAAAAAAGGUGAUUCUCAAUUAGGUGGUAAUUUUUUUUGUUUGUUUUCUCACAACUCUAUCAGUUACGAACCGAUUUGGAAAAAAUACUUUUUAUCUGGAAGGAUAUACUUUCAAAUUGGUCUCAUAGAUAUUUUGUCAGAAUCGAUUCACUUGUUUAUUUUUUAAAUCAAAAUACUUGGUUUUGGCCACUAUUGUAAUCGAUUUCCUUGUGCAACUCGAAUCUUAUUUAAUCAACUAUUCCUAUCGGUAGUGUUUCAGAAUUAUGCCUUUUUCUCAUUUACACGUAUGUAAAAUGUUUUAUAGUUAAUAGAGGACAAUAUGCCGCUAGUAUAUACCAUAUGCCACAAGUCUGUAUUUAAACAGAAUUGGCUUAGCAAUUAGAUAUUACACGCGAGCGAACGGGAGAAAGAAUGAGAGAGUAAAAUUGAAAAUGUUCUCAAAGCCAAAAUAAGGUUCUGUGCAAACGAGAACACUUUACUACCGUCAUAGACUACAGAGGUUUUUAUGACCUGUGACGACAAUUAGACGUUACCACUGACUGUUACACAAAGUAGAAAUGGUAGAUUUCAUAUUAAUACUAUGAAACUAAAAUUCCUGGCCUAGUGGCUAAUGUUUAACAUGAGACAUUAAAAUGUCUGCGUUUGCGCAGUGCCUUGAAACAAUUUAUUUAAUAAAUACAUAAAAGUCAUAUCAUUUUUGUUUAGGUCAUAGAGAAAUUUGUGUAAUGAUAAUCAAAUCGAAACUAACUUGAGCAAUAUGGCUCAAAUAAUUCAGAUACAUUACUUUGGUUUUGGACUCGGUAUCUUUCUUGGUACUAACAAUAUUCUCUUCAAAUAGUACAAUCGUUUAUAAAAAUGUUCUUUGAUAAUCUAACUUAUUUUUUAGUAUACAUGUAAUUGAGAAUUAUUUAUAUUUUAUCAUUAUUUGUAUCGUUUUAGUAUUAUUUGUGUUUGUAAACACUCACAGUGGUCUUACCCUUAAAGAAGUUUAUAUCGCAGCCCUGGCAACGUCUGAAUCAUUCUCAAUUCAAAUAUAGUAUUAAAAAGUUUUAACAUAUUUCUCAAACAUCAUUUUAAUUGAUAUUUGACACUCGUUUUAAAAUAUUAGUCAUGGAAUCUGAUUUUAAAAUUAUUUGGGACCUUAAUUGAUACUCUUUUAAUGGUAUAUAUUCUAUGAUUCAUGUUUAAGUACGAUAGACAGAUAAUAUAGGUAAAAACGUUCAGUAAUAUUGAUAACUUUUUUUGAAAAGUACAGACGUUGUCUAUUUCGAUAUAAACUUUAAAAAUACCAAGGGUUAAAAUGGCCGCAUUCGCUUGUAAGGUAAGACAUCAAGCCAAAGGAGAGAGAGCAUAAUAAUAAUGUCUUAUUUUGCACAAUCCAUUAAAUUAUAGGCAAAUUUGAAUAUAUAUAAAAAAAAAAUGGUUCAAAAGAAUUAUAUGGACUGAUUAUAAUUGUACAUAAAUGUGUCAAAUAACGAACUGUCGAGAAUGAACAAAGUGUCUCAUUAUUUAUUAAUUUUUAUUAUUAUUUUUGUAAAAACCUGUUAGAGUGAGCGAAUGUUGUUGACGAUUUGCUGGUUAAUUAUUUUUAAUGUAGCAUUCGUGUAUUGUUCAUUAUUGCUUCAAAGUGUUUCAAUGGAUGCGUUGGCGUCAUAGAUAGAUAUCUUUUUAAAUAGAUGUCGCAAAUGUACACACUUUGCGUAUCAUUUUUUGAUCGUAUCAAAAGUGACAAUUGAGCAAAGUAUCUACAUUACUGAAAAACUUUAUUACGUAAAUUACACGCAGUCUGUUUUAGUCCUAAUUUGUCAAUGAAUCACUGUUGGUUGUCUUUACGAAAGGAGCUAUUAAAUAAACAGUCUAGUUGGAGCUCCGGUUAAAUUGUGAUCUAGAAUUCCUAUGUGAAAUUUAUGUUGAGAAACUUUUGAGGAUAGAAACAACAUUGCGGUUGAUGUUUCAAAUUUUUAGAUACGUAAGAAUGUUAAUCAAUAGCUUUUGUAACAUUAUGGUGAAGUUAGUAGCAUGCAUAGUUUUCAUAUACAUUGGUCUUGUCUCAUCUAUCUCUAUAUAUACAGCUUUGGCCAAAAAGUAUUUGUCUCUUUAGAAAAUUACAAUUAAUUUAAAAAAUACUUAAGGUUUGGAUGAGGGAAAAAGCUAAAAUUACAAUAAUAUUUAAUAGUAAAGAGGAAAUUACAUUUUUACAUUCUUGUGGAGUUAUGACAUUUCACAUAUGGCAAUUGUUGCGGUCUCUUUGACUGGUUUUCUCGCUGGCCGCUAAGAUAUUCUACAAUUAAAACUGACAGCUCGGGACAAAACAAAAGGACUUGGACAAAGAGACUGAACAGAAGACGGACAUAAUUUUGAAUGACAAAUUGGUCUUUUAAUUUUUAAUACAUUUGACGACAAAUUCGGACCUUUCGACCUUACAAACGAUCCAUCGACCUUUCAGCAAUCGAAUGUUUCUUUAUCUUGCGCUUUAAAAUCGACCAUAAAUGUUCGAUAGGGAUAAGAUCCGGUGACUGAGGAAUCCAACUUAUAAGCUCUAUACCAUUUUUCUCAAACUAACUUAUAGUGGUACUUGACUUAUGACAUGUGUCAUUAUACCGUUGGGAACGGACGCCAUCUAGGUUCUUAUUACCGAAUAUCAUAUCCAAUAAAGGUUUUAACGCUGUUUUCAGCACUUAGAUAUAUUUUUUCGAAUUUAUUGGAUAUUUUGUUUUAUUUAUAUCUAUAUAUAUUUUCCAAUUCUAAUUUUCGAGUCAUGUUGCCCCAGACCAUAAAACUGCCUCCGCCGUGUUUUACAGUCGGCACCACACAUUCCGGUAUGAAUUCUACGCCAACUCUGCGUCUCAUGUAGGUGGCACCUGCAGUACCUAAUACCUGAAAUUGAAUAAAAUAAUAAGAUUUUUAAAAA